ACGCGGUUCACACGCCUCAAGCAGAUUUAAGUAGUUUACGCUAAGUCUUUAAAGCAUACAGUGGUGGAAGUUUGAGCAUUUCGGGAACCCCAAGCAUGGAAAUGGAGAUGCAGAAGAAAAUGAUGAUGGGUCUUUUCCUCCUCUUGAUCAUGCUAUCUGGUGUGAGAGCUUGGACCGGAGAAAUCCAUGGCAGAGUGGUCUGUGACGUAUGUGGGGAUUCUUCUAUUGGACCUGAGGACCAUGCUUUGGAAGGUGCAGAGGUAGCUGUUCUUUGCAUUACGAAAUCCGGGGAGGUGCUCAACUAUCAAGCAUUCACGAAUUCAAAGGGGGUGUACGCAGUAGCUGAGACAAUGCCAGAUAGUGAUCGCUGGGAUUCAUGCUUGGCAAGGCCAAUGAGUAGCUUCCAUAAGCAUUGUGUCCAACUGGCUGAUGCCAAUUCUGGGGUCAAGUUCAGUUACAAUCAUCCAUCAGGUUAUUCUCUUGCCAUCAGGCCAUUCCUCUAUCGGCCUGCCAAUGUUCCGAUGUACUGCAUAUGAAUGUUAUGCUUUAUAUAUAAAUGUAUGAUAAAAAAUAUAGAUUUGUGCUAAUGAGAACAAGGAACAAUAUGAAAUGAUAUUUUCUUCAAAUUCCUUGGAUA